AUGAAGUCAGGUAUUGCUGCCGCCGCUGUUGCCGGCCUUUUGGCCAGCUCGGCUUUGGCCACUCCUACCUCCACCCACACCGACUGGACUGGCAGUGAGUCUAUCAACAAGCAGACUUCCACUCCCUUUGGCUACAAGCCCGGCUCCAAGCAGUCCGUCGCCAACUUGAAGAAGCAGAUCAAGAACGUCGUCUGGAUCUUGCUCGAGAACCGCUCCUUCGACAACAUCCUCGGCGGUGUCCGUGGCCGCGGUCUCGACAACCCUACCAACAACGGCGAUUACUGUAUACCCCAGAACGUCAGCCAGCCCAACGGCAAGCAGUGGUGCACCGGCAACAAGAACCUCGACUCGGUUACCAACGACCCUGAUCACUCGGUCACUGGUAACAACUUUGAGUUCUUUGGCCAGUUUGCUCCCAGCAAUGCCGAUAUUGCUGACGGCAAGCUCAGUGCUACUCAGCAGGGUUUCGUCAACAAGCAGAUGAUCUCAUACCCCAAGAUUACUGCUGACCUUGCUGCUGAGGAGGUUUUGGGAUACUACACCGAGGAGCAGAUCCCUGUCCUUGUCAACUUGAUUGAUGAAUUCACCACCUUCAACUACUGGUUCUCUUGCGUUCCUGGACCUACCAACCCCAACCGUCUCUGUGCCAUUGCCGGUACCGCCGAUGGCCACGGAAAGAACGACAACGACUUCGAUGUUUCCGCCAUCGAGAUCAACAGUAUCUUCCAGGAGGCUACCGCCAAGAAUAUCAGCUGGCUCAACUACGACGGCACCAACGGUGCUUUCCUCCCGGACAGCUUGUUCUUCGACUGGACCGCCAAAAACGCUAAUACAAGCGUCGUCCCCAUCGAGAACUUCUUCCAAGACGCUUACUUGGGUCAACUCCCUCAAUUGUCCUACCUCAACCCUUCUUGCUGUGGUGCCAACACCAACUCCAUGCACCCCAACGGUAACGUCUCCUACGGCGAAAUCUUCGUCAAGCAGAUCUACGAGGCCAUGCGCAACGGUCCUCAAUGGGAAGAGUCUCUACUCCUUUUGACCUACGACGAGACAGGUGGUUUCUUCGACCACGUCCCUUCCCCCGCUGCUGUCCGCCCGGACAACAAGACCUACACCGAGACAGCCAAGAACGGCCAAAACUACACUCUCACCUACGACCGUUACGGUGGCCGUAUGCCCACUUUCUUGAUCUCCCCUUAUACUCAGCCCGGUCACGUUGAGAACUACGGUGUCAACCCCGCUACUGGCAACGUGGAGCCUUACAGUGCCACCUCUGUGCUCAAGACUCUUGGUCUGCUGUGGGACUUGGAGGACUUUACUCCUCGUGUCUCCAACUCUCCUUCUUUCGACCACUUGAUUGGACCCUGGGCUCAGUGGAAGACUCCCCAAUUGGCUGUCCCUAAGACUUUCUAG